GCUCUUGGCGGGCUGCACAACCUGCAUCAAUGCUGCCUGCUCGGGAGAGAUGGGAACUCAAGCGUAAGGCCCGCGAGGCCGCCGCCCGGCUGGAGCAGCAGGACGAGCCUCCCAAGGCACCGCUUCUGCUCACCGGGCCCACAUGGUUCUCGUUCAGCUUCCAGAAGCCGCUGAGGGGCGGCCAGUCCAAUGGCACACCCUUUACGAUCAACGGGCAGCCGCUCUACCUCGAAUCGCCCUCGCUCGAGGAGCCCGACCGAGCAGACAUGGAGCACGAAGUCAAGACGGCAUACACUGUUUGGGACUGCAGCCUCGUUCUGUCCAAGUUCCUGGAACACCACAGCCGAUCCCAGCCUGACUCGCGAUUCAAUAUCCAGGGCAAACGGCUCAUCGAGUUGGGAUCAGGCCGAGGGCUCGUGGGUCUUUCGGCUGCCCGUCUCGGCGCAAACGUUACCCUGACCGACUUGAACAGCGUCGUGCCCACUCUCAAAGGCAUUGUGGCCCUCAACGGCCUCGAAGCCGGAAAGAGCCGCACCAAGUCCGAAGGCGCUGUCGAGGAUGUCGUUAGCCUGGACUGGAACAAGCCCAUCAAGAUCGGCAAAGAGUUCGACAUCGUCCUUGCAGCCGACGUUGUUUGGGUUGAAGCACUGAUCCGCCCUCUGGCCAAAACCAUCGCGGCGUUCUGUCGGCCCAAGACGAUCGCCAUCUGUGCCCACCAGUCCAGAUCUACCCGCGGCGACGCCAUCUUCUUCGAUGCACUGGAGGAGCUCUCGCUCAAGGUCGAGCGAUUGCCAAAGAACCUGCUCCAUCCCGACUUCACCAAAGAGACGAUCGAUGUCUAUAUCUUCAAACGCCGCUAAACUGGAGCUAUGCGUUCGCGAAUGUCAGAUCGUGCCAAG